CCACAGCCACCGAAGAAUUUCUCACAAAACUGAUUUCGGAAUCCCGUGUCCCGAGACAAAACUAACGCGUCCAAACCGCGUUUACCCACCUCUAUCGUUAUCCAAUUUAUAUAUAGGAGUAGUAAGUAGUGGAGUAUAUCCCAAUUCGAUUCAACUCUACAAAUCACAACGUUGGCUUCCAAAAUUGAACUCUCAGCUCUCUCUCUCUCUCUCUCUCUAGAAAUGGCGCAAACUCCGAGCAAUGCUAUCCAUCAACGUUCGCUCACCUCCCUGGGCAGCAUGGACGAAGUGCAGAAGGUGUUCAACAAGUUCGACACCAACGGCGACGGCAAGAUCUCCGUCUCCGAGCUCCGUUCCGUCUUCAAGGCCCUCGGCGUCGACGUCGGCACGUCCUCGGGGGACUUGACCAACGCCGUGACGGAGAUCGACAAGGACGGCGACGGCGCGAUCGGCCUCGAGGAGUUCGCUGACUUCCACCGCGCCGCGGCCCGCGGCGGCGGCAGCGAUGGCGAGAGCAACGACGGCAAGGCGAUCGGCGACGCGUUCAAGAUGUACGACCGGGACAGGAACGGGCUGAUAUCGGCGCAGGAGCUGCACGAGGUGAUGAAGGGGCUGGGGGAGAGGUGCUCGGUGCAGGAUUGCGCGAGGAUGAUCGGAUCGGUCGACGUGGACGGGGAUGGGUGCGUGAAUUUCGAGGAGUUCAAGAAGAUGAUGAGGCCUUGAGAUUUUUAGGGUUGCGGAAUGGGGUCCUGUACUGUACUGCGCUACCGUGUCGUGCACCCGUAGUACGCAUCUGGACCGUUCUUUUUCACAAUCGAUGGUUUAGAUAUAUUUGUCAACUUUUACCGAAUAUAAUUAACUUUGACCGGAGUGCUUCAGCGAAUCAAACCCAUCGAUUGCAAAAACGGACGGUUCAGCUGCUGACUACAAGAUGAUGCACUACACGUAACGCACUACAGGACUCCCGGGGUGGGGUUGCGAAAUCGUGUUAAGAGGAAUAAUUGAAAGAAUCGAAGGUAAGAUUAGGGCUCGAAAUAGUUGGAUUAUGAUGCAUAAUGUACGGAUUUUGAUUUUAUCUUUCCAGAAGGCAACUAGUGUUCAGUACCCCGGUGUUUCCCUGUUGUGCCCUUAAGCUUCAAGUUGUAGUUCAAUUUCUCAUCAGUCAGUUUGGUCCAGUUUUUGUAGUUCAA